AUGGGGAUCAUGUCUCGAAACGGCUUCCCCCGGACUUUGCAGAAGCUGGUUUUGGCGUGCCUGUGGCUAUUAGCAAUAGGUGCAGGUGGCGACACUGUCAAGAAAGUUGUCAGCACUCCAUGGUGGCCGCCUGGAACAGAGAAAACUGCAGAAAGUGUUGGGAUAAUAUCACAUGGCUUCGUUUUCAUGACUGCCAUGAUGGAGCUGAAUGAGACGCUGCAAAAGACUGCCGUGCAAGAGAUUCUCGAUGUGCACGACAUUGCAGUCGCAGCGGGCGCCAAUUUGUCGGACCUGGUGGAUUGCUACGUGAACGUUCCUUCCGGGAGAGGUCCAGUGGUAAGGGAAGCUCUUUUGUCGGCCAUGCCCAUUAGCAUCCAGCAGCACCCACCCGCAUUCACUGUCGUUGAGAUGCCGGGUGAAUACAAG